AUGUCAGACAAGAUGUCUCAACAUCUUACUCAAGAUUUUGAAUUAUUUCAUGAGGAUUAUAUAAUUAAAGGGAAGGAUGAUAAUCAGGAUGGAGGUUCUCCCAAUUUUGAACAACCUACAAUGGUUCAGAAGAAGAAGCUAAAGAAGAGAAAUGUUUGUGACUCAACUCUUCCUGUUAGAAUUCUUUCUCAUAUGACUAGUGUGUGGAUUAACGAAAAUCAUGAUAGGGUAGUUGGUAAAGCUAGAAUUGGUGUAUUGAAAUCUAGCUACAAGAUGUAUGAAUCAGAUAAUUCUCUCUAUAACAUCCCUCUUGUGAUUAAGUUUGAUCUGGUUGUUUUUGGAAAUAUGAGUAAUGUUCCAUUCAGGUCUUGUCCUAUGAGAGACAUCAUGAAAUUCUAA